AUGAGUGGUGUCAGACAGAGGACCCUCGGGGGUGGGGGUCAGCAUGUGUUGGACUAUCUGAAACGAAUGCAAGCAGAAAAUCCUGCUUUCUUCUAUGCAAUUCAGAAUGAUAGUGAUCACUCUAGUGGAAAUAUAUUUUGGGUGGAUUCAACAGCCAGGAUGAAUUAUACAUAUUUUGGAGAUACUGUUAUAUUUGACACCUCGUACAGGACAAACCGCUAUAGGGUACCGUUUGCCUCAUUUUCUGGGCUUAAUCAUCAUGGGCAGCCAGUGUUGUUUGGCUGUGCGUUAAUUCUAAAUGAGUCUGAGUCCUCAUUCUUAUGGCUGUUACAAACUUGGCUUCAUGCAAUGUCUGGACGCCACCCUGUCUCCAUCACCACUGAUCCAGAGAGGCACAUACAAGUUGCAGUUGCGCAGGUUCUUCCUGAAACUCGCCAUCGUUUCUGUAAGUGGGCCAUAUUUAGAGAAACACAAGAGAAACUAGAUCAUCUAUAUCGUUCUCAUCCUACUUUUGAGACUGAAUUUAAGAAGUGCAUCAAUGAGAGUGAGACAGUAGAUGAGUUUGAGUCACGUUGGGAAUCAUUGCUUCAAAGAUACUACAUCAUGGAUGAUGAAUGGCUUCAAUCAAUGUACAAUGCUAGGCAACAGUGGGUCCCAGUGUACAUGAGAGACACCUUCUUUGGAGAGUUUGCAGUAAGUGAGGGAAGUGAAAGUUUAACUUUGUUUUUUGACGGGUAUGUGAAUUCAUCCACUACCAUACAGGUUUUGCUUAAACAGUAUGAGAAAGCUGUAGUUAGUUGGCAUGAAAAGGAACUCAAAGCAGAUUAUGACACUACUAAUACUAUGCCCGUUUUGAAGACACCAUCUCCUAUGGAAAAACAAGCUGCAAACCUCUAUACUAGGCGAAUAUUUAAGAAGUUCCAGGAGGAGUUGGUUGAGACCCUUGCAAAUCCUGCAACAAAAAUUGAUGACUCAGGAACUGCUGCCACCUAUCGAGUGGCCAAAUUUGGGGAAGACCACAAAGCCCAUGCUGUUGAUUUCAAUUCUUUUGAGAUGAAAGCUAGUUGUACAUGUCAAAUGUUUGAAUAUUCAGGAAUAAUCUGUAGGCAUGUACUAGCAGUUUUUAGGGCAAAGAAUGUUCUUAGACUCCCUUCUCAAUACGUAUUGAAACGAUGGACUAGAAAUGCCAAGAGUGGAGCUGUGGUGGAUGAACAUGCGUCUGAAUUGCCAAACAAUUCUAGAGAAUCUGUAACAGUUAGGUAUAACAAUCUACGUCAGGAAGCAAUCAAAUAUGUAGAAGAGGGAGCAAAAUCUAUCCACAUUUAUAAUGUGGCGAUGAAUGCUCUACAGGAGGCUGCUAAGAAAGUUGCUUCUAUAAAGAACCAAGGUUCUGGAGCUACUCAGGGUAGUUCCCUGGCCAAUGGAGGUAGCCAAGAAAUGCAUUCAACGGAAGAAAAUCAAACAACAGUGUAUCAGUCUUCGGAUGAGAAGGAAAAGAAAAUCCGUGAAUUGUCAGCCGAGUUGGAGAAUACCAACCAACGGUGUGAAGUUUAUCGAGCAAAUCUGCUUGCUGUUCUACGAGACAUGGAAGAGCAGAAGUUGAAGCUUUCAGUGAAGGUUCAAAGUGCAAGGCUAAGUCUGAAAGAGUGA